AUGGGAAAUUUACCAAGUGUUAGAUCAAUUCCAGCCCGACCAGUCUCCAAUGUAGGGGUCGACUACUACGGACCUUUUUCCAUUGAAGAGAAAAAAUUUCGUAACCGUACGCGUGUGAAAGUCUAUGUAGCCGUUUUUGUUUGUCUCGUCAUUAAAGCCGUUCAUCUUAAAGUAGUUAGCGAUAUGACGAGUGACGGUUUUAUCGCAGCAUUAAAGCGAUUAAUUGCUCGACGAGGUAAACCUUCAAAUAUCUACUCUGACAAUGGGAAGAAUUUUAUAGGAGCACACAAUGAGCUGCUAGAAAUAUAUGUUCUUCUUAAUUCGGAAGCUCAUCAAAAAAGAUGUCAACAUUUUUUAACGCAUGAAGCCAUAACGUGGCACUUUAUUCCUCCACUUUCUCCUCACUUCGGGGGUAUCUGGGAAUCAGCAGUUAAAUGUUUUAAGCAUCACUUUAAACGAGUAGUUUCAGAACAAUUGUUUACUUUCGAAGAAUUUAAUACAUUCGUCAUAGAAGUUGAAGGAAUCCUAAACUCACGCCCCCUUUCGCCCAUGUCCACCGAUCCUAAUGACCUUACCGUCCUUACACCGGGACAUUUUUUAAUUGGUGAUGCAUUGACGAGUUUACCUGAAGUAAACUUUACUGAAACUUCACACAACAGACUGUCCAGCUGGCAGCAUAUCCAGAAAAUUCGUCAACAUUUCUGGACCAGGUGGUCUAAAGAAUAUUUGAAUGAAUUGAAUAUUCGCCACAAAUGGAAGACAGGUCAACAUGGGAUCAAGGAGGGAACAAUUGUCCUUCUAAAAGAAGAAAAUUUACUACCAACGCAAUGGGUAUUGGGACUUGUAAUCAAAACACAUCCUGGAAACGACCACGUUAUUAGAACAGUCACUGUCAAGUGA